AUGGCUGAUCUAGAUCGAGAUAUCGCCAAAACUCAAGAGGAUAGACGGAAGAUGGAAGCAGACCUUGCUUCUCCCUCCAACCGUGAUGAAGAAGACUCCACUGGUUCCCUUGUGGCUCAGCGGCUUGCGUCUUACACUGCUCCUAGGUCAAUUCUCAACGACCUCGCUCGUCCUCACAACAAAGAUGAAGACGAUGUCGGGUUUAGACCUAGGCAGACUAUUGCGGAACGUGAAGGUGAUUAUAGGAAUAGGAGACUUAAUCGUGUUCUUUCUCCUGAUAGAGUUGCUAUGGCCGAGAAGACGCCGGAUCCUAGUGAGGAAGAAGAAGCUGCAAAGCAUCAGAAAGAUUCUUCUUCUUCCAAGAGGAGAAAGAGGUGGGAUCUCAUUGAUGAAGAUGGUUCUGCUGCAAAGAAAGCUAAAGCAGCAAGUUCAGAUUGGGACUCAACUGAUGGUGGCACCCCAAAGCGUCAACGUUCAAGGUGGGACGAAACUCCGGAAACUAUGGGGAGUGUUACACCUAUGGGUGGGAUUCAUAUGGCUACUCCAACUCCGGGUCAGCUAAUUUUCCGUGGUCCGAUCGAGGAGAGAAAUAUACCAUUCUCUGAUGAAGAGCUUGAUGCCAUGUUUCCUAAAGAUGGAUACAAGGUUUUGGAUCCGCCUGCUUCAUAUGUUCCAAUAAGAACCCCUGCGAGGAAACUUCAGGCAACCCCGACACCCGUGGCAACUCCUGGCUAUGUAAUUCCCGAGGAAAACCGCGGGCAACAGUAUGAUGUGCCGCAAGAAGUUGCUGGUGGUUUGCCGUUUAUGAAACUAGAGGAUUAUCAGUAUUUUGGAGCUUUGUUGAAUGAAGAGAAGGAAGAAGAGCUAUCUCUUGAUGAGCAGAAAGAACGCAAGAUAAUGAAACUGUUGUUAAAGGUUAAAAACGGAACACCUGCGCAGAGGAAAACAGCAUUGAGGCAACUAAGUUACAAGGCUCGUGAGUUUGGUGCUGGUCCUUUGUUGAAUAAAGUUUUGCCAUUGUUCAUGAAACCUACUUUGUAAGAUCAAGAGAGGUAUCUUUUGGCCAAAGUGAUUGGUAAAAUUCUUUACAAACUUGGUGUGAUGGUAAGGCCUUACGUCCACAAAAUCCUUGUUGUUAUUGAGCCUUUGUUGAUUGAUGAAGAUUAUUAUGCUCGUAAACAAGGGAGAGAGAUUAUUAUAAACCUUAGCAAAGCAGCUGGUUUAGCCACUAUGAUUGCAGCUAUGUGUCCUGAUAUUGACAACAUUGAUGAAUAUGUGAGGAACACAACAGCGAGAGCUUUUAGUGUUGUGGCUUCAGAUCUUGGAGUCCCAGCACUGUUGCCUUUCCUAAAAGUUGUGUGCCGGAGUAAGAAGUCAUGGCAGGCACGGCACACUGGAAUUAAGAUUGUUCAGCAGAUUGCUAUACUAAUUGGCUGUGCCGUGCUACCUCACUUAAGGUCUUUAGUUGAUAUUAUUGAACAUGGUCUCAGUGAUGAAGACAACAAGGUUAGGACUAUUACAGCUUUGUCACUGGCUUCUCUUGCUGAAGCUGCUGCUCCUUAUGGUAUUAAAAGCUUUGAUUCUGUUCUGAAGCCUUUGUGGAAAGGUAUUAGGUCGCACCGUGGUAAAGUUUUAGCUUCUUUCUUGAAGGCGAUUGGUUUUAUCAUCUCUUUGAUGGAUGCUAGAUAUGCGAGCUACUAUACAAAAGAAGUGAUGUUUAUUUUGAUUCGUGAGUUCCAGUCUCCAGAUGAAGAGAUGAAUGUCCUCAAGGUGGUGAAACAGUGUGUGAGUACAGAAGGUGUCGAACCGGAUUAUAUCCGCAGUGGUAUUCUGCCUGAGUUUUUCAAGCAUUUUUGGAUUAGGAGAAUGGCUCUGGAAAGGAGAAACUACAAGCAGCUUGUUGAGACUACUGUGGAGAUUGCAAACAAGGUUGGUGUUGCAGAUAUUGUGGGAAGAGUUGUUGAAGAUCUCAAGGAUGAGAGUGAACCAUAUCGACGUAUGGUUAUGGAAACUAUUGACAAGGUUGUCACAAGCUUAGGAGCAUCUGAUAUUGACGCGAGGUUGGAGGAACUUCUCGUAGAUUGCAUUCUUUAUACUUUCCAAGAACAGACUAGUGACGAUGCUAAUGUGAUGCUUAAUGGUUUCAGUGCUGUUGUGAAUGCGCUUGGUGAGCGAGUAAAGCCUUAUCUUCCCCAGAUCUGUGGUACUAUUAAGUGGAGGUUAAACAAUAAGAGUGCAAAGGUGAGACAACAAGCUGCUGAUCUUAUUUCUAAAACUGCUGUUAUUAUGAAACAAUGUGGAGAGGAACAGUUGAUGGGACAUCUUGGUGUUGUCUUGUAUGAAUAUCUUGGAGAAGAGUAUCCAGAAGUUUUGGGAUCUAUUCUUGGAGCUUUGAAAGCUAUAGUAAAUGUGAUUGGUAUGACAAAGAUGACUCCUCCUAUUAAGGAUCUUGUUCCAAGACUGACCCCGAUUUUAAAGAACAGGCAUGAGAAAGUGCAAGAGAAUUGUAUUGACUUGGUUGGUCGGAUUGCAGAUCGUGGUGCAGAGUUUGUUCCAGCCAGAGAAUGGAUGAGAAUCUGUUUUGAGCUUCUUGAAAUGCUCAAGGCUCAUAAGAAAGGUAUUCGCCGUGCCACGGUCAACAGUUUCGGGUAUAUUGCCAAAACUAUUGGACCACAAGACGUUCUUGCCACUUUGCUGAACAAUAUCAAAGUACAAGAACGUCAGAAUCGUGUUUGUACUACAGUCGCGAUCGCCAUUGUUGCUGAAACAUGCUCUCCCUUCACAGUCUUACCUGCUUUGAUGAAUGAGUACCGUGUUCAGGAGCUAAACGUUCAAAACGGUGUUCUGAAAUCUCUUUCCUUUCUCUUCGAGUACAUUGGAGAAAUGGGCAAAGAUUACAUAUAUGCAGUCACACCGUUGCUCGAGGACGCUCUCAUGGAUAGAGAUUUGGUUCAUAGACAAACUGCUGCUUCAGCCGUGAAACAUAUGGCCUUAGGUGUAGCAGGUUUGGGAUGUGAAGAUGCUUUGGUUCACUUACUUAACUUUAUUUGGCCUAACAUUUUUGAGACAUCUCCCCAUGUCAUUAACGCUGUGAUGGAAGCCAUUGAAGGGAUGGGAAUUGCAUUAGGUGCAGCUGUAAUUCUCAACUUUUGUUUGCAGGGUUUGUUUCAUCCGGCUCGUAAAGUCCGCCAAGUUUACUGGAAGAUUUACAAUUCUCCAUACAUUGGUGCUCAGGACACACUUGUUGCUGCCUACCCGGUUCUUGAAGAUGCGCAGAACAACGUGUAUAGCCGACCAGAGUUAACGAUGUUUGUGUGA